CCCAUCCAAAGCWUUCCAUGAUUUUCCAGCUCCGUGCUCUCAUUCCUGGUGUCCUUUUGGCUCUGCAGGAACUGGAGGAGCUGCUGACGGACAUCAAGGACAUUUCUGUGGUGCUGGGAAUUGACAGCUGCUCCCGGCCAGACCUGGGCAGGAUUGUGGAGGAUGUCAGAGCCCAGUACGAGGCCCUGGCCCUGCGGAGCUGGGAAGAGGCCGAGGCUCUCACCAGGAGGAAGCUCACCGACAGCAGCUCCCAGUCCGGCUCCUUCGGGGGGCACCUCCUCGACAGCCGGCGCGAAAUCGCCGAUCUCAACAUCCGCAUCCAGAAACUGCGCUCCUGCAUCGUGUCCCAGAAGAGCCAGGUGGGUCCUGGGGAGGGAUAACGGGACAGGGGUGUCCUGGGGUAGGAUAAUAGG